AUGAACGAAUGCUACUAUGAUAAGCGCAUGGACUUUUUUUAUAACAGGACAAACACUGACACAGCAGAUGAGUGGACAGGGCCAACGCUUAUUGUUGUUCUGUGUUUUGGGACGUUUUUCUGCCUCUUCAUUUUCAUUUCAAACUCACUGGUCAUAGCAGCUGUGGUCAAGAACAAGAGGUUUCAUUUUCCCUUUUAUUAUCUGCUGGCCAAUUUAGCAGCUGCAGACUUUUUUGCUGGAAUUGCCUAUGUCUUCUUGAUGUUCAACACUGGCCCAGUGUCUAAGACAUUAACUGUAAAUCGCUGGUUUCUGCGUCAGGGUCUUCUGGAUACCAGCCUGACAGCUUCCCUGGUGAAUCUCCUUGUCAUAGCUGUUGAGCGGCACAUGUCAAUCAUGCGGAUGAAGAUCCACAGUAAUCUCACAAAGAAGAGAGUCACCUUUUUAAUUAUAUCAAUUUGGGCCAUUGCUAUUUUUAUGGGCGCUGUUCCUUCCCUGGGUUGGAACUGCCUCUGUGACAUUACCGCCUGCUCUUCCCUGGCACCUAUUUACAGCAGAAGUUACUUGGUGUUCUGGAGCGUCCUAAACCUUGUUGUUUUCUUCAUUAUGGUGGUGGUUUACAUAAGAAUCUACAUGUACGUCCAGCGGAAAACUAAUGUCUUAUCAUCGCACACUAGUGGAUCCAUUAGCCGCAGGAGAACCCCUGUGAAGCUUAUGAAGACCGUCAUGACUCUCUUAGGUGCCUUUGUUGUCUGCUGGACUCCUGGACUGGUCGUCUUACUGCUUGAUGGUCUAAAUUGCACCUACUGUGGGGUUCAGAAUGUGAAAAGGUGGUUUCUUCUCCUGGCCCUGAUGAACUCUGUCAUGAAUCCUGUAAUUUAUUCAUACAAAGAUGAUGAGAUGUGGAGCACCAUGAAAAAGAUGCUUUGCUGCUCGUCUGAUGACAAGAGCCAGGAGAGACGCUCGUCACGGAUUCCCUCCACUGUGCUUGGCAGGAGCACGGACACCACAGGGCAGUACAUUGAAGAUGGUAUUAUUCAAGGGACGAUUUGUGGAAAAGGAGAUCUUAAUGAUAAAGGAAACUCCUGAGUAAUUCAAGGGCCUGAGUUGGCUGAGAAAAGGAGGGGGAAGGGAAAAGUUUUGUAAGAGAAGAUUGACUGGCAAAACUGGUAAACAAUAUAUCCACUUCAUUCCAGAGCCUCAACUCCAGUGUUAACAAAAGUUCUUAUAAGUAAUUGACUGAUGGAAAAACACUUUGUAAUGAAGAAAACUUCCUGUGCUUCUUUUUCUUUUAAGUGCCUGAAAUUAUCUUUUUUGUGAAUGGAAUAAGUAUAUAUGAGAGACUUUCUGUGCAUGGAAACAAAAUGUAAACAGUGUAGUGAGGUCCUCCAGUGAAUGGCAUUCAUGCUUUGAACAGUUUCUUGAGGAGGAUUGUAGGCUUGGUUGGACAGGAUUGUGGCCUCUUCGCUUUCCCUGUUUACAAGUUCAUACUUCUCUUGUCCUCCUCCUCCUCUUGCUUUCAAGAUAAGUAGUUCGAUGGCUUAUUAAAGCUGUGCCAGAAGCCCAGCUGCGAUGGGAAGACCAAAUACCUGUGCGUGUGUAUGAAAUUCAGCCAUAAAUCAUCAGGAUCUGACAUUACAAAGUGUAUAAAAGCCAUUAUAUACAGGCGGAUGAGUGCUGCAAGGAGACAUGUUGCACACUUUGCUGCUGUCACGUAGGCAGCUGUGGAGGGUGGACUAACAGCAAGGCAGUGCUUAUUAAGCCUGUUUUUUACUUUCCCAGAUAAUAUCAAAUGGGUGGCUCACCCUUCUUUGUGACUGUUGUGCCACUGAGAGAAGUGAUACCCGAAACCCUGUUCUAACACAGCAAACUUCUAAGGGGUAUUUAAAUGUACAUAUAAUAUAUACAGGCUCAAUUAAUUUAUUUAAAAUAUAAAUUAAUUAAAGAAAAAAAGCCUGAAAACGACUUCAACUCCUACAAGAAUACAAUAUGAAUUAAUCAUCUGACCUCAUCUGGACCACAUUUAACCUCUGAUUUGCAAGCAAGUCUUAAGGUAAUAUGCUUGAAGAGGCCAUGAAACAGCAAGUGAUGAAGGGCUUUCAGCAUUGUGACUGAUCAUGUGCAGUGUGCGUGCGGUCACAGCCGUCCAAAAAAUUAAGUUUUGACUUAUGGACUAUGCUCUAAUGGAGGAUCCAGCAAUUUAAAGCUCUAGGGUAAUGUUUUUAAAUCAUAAGCUUUUAAAUUAAAAAUUCGAAUGUGGAUUUCUCAGUGGUCUAAGAACCUGUCUCUUGCUGUCCGAUUUCAACAGCAGUGAGCUUCCUGCUCCCUCUUCCUAAUUUCAACAGGAGUUACCUGUGUUGUCCUAGAGAAAACCUGAUCCCUGGUACUAAAUCAGGCAAUUGCAUGCAGAGACCACGUGGAAUUGUUGGAGAACAACAUCAAGAGCGUAUUGUACAAGGCCAGAAGAUAAUCUGUGGUUUGGUUUGGGCAAAUUCUUCUGGCACAAUUUGCUCGCAGAAAAUCUGGAUCAUGCUGGUUGAAGCAGAACCAGCGCCUGGCUUAAAGGCCAAGUUGAAGUUUUAUAGAAGGCACCGGGGGAUUUGGGAGCAGACCUUAGUUUACGAGCACAGCAAGCCCAUGGCCAGAGAGCACCCCCCCAACACAAGUUAGCUAGUAUGGGUAUGACCUAACAUUUCACAGUAAAUGCUGUAUUUAUGAGUAAUGCUGGAAAGGUUUACACAUGUGGUAUUUUUGUUGGUUUUGUUUUUGGCCAUUAUAAUGCAAUGUUCUUGUGCAAUUACUACUUCAUUAGUCUGGUGUCUUGAAAAUUACGUAAAGUUGUGCUUUGUAAAGACAGUGACAUUGCAAAGGCAU